AACAUGUAACGACUUCACCUUCAAAACAAAUGCAAAGAAACGGCCACAGGAACCCACGUAUCGUAUUAAACAUUGUGGAGAGCUACGCAAUCAUAUUUUAUAUCAGUAGAAAUUCGCCUCAAUUUUAGUGUGUGGUUUCACUUAUGUGCAAUGUAUUGGUCGUAACACGUUUUAACGUAGCUAUAUUUGCUAGUUGAGUUUUAGUUUGGAAAAAAUUACCGGAAGUGUCACCGUUGUCUUAGCCUGCCUUGAUAGUGAUGCAUACAAAUACCUUGAUCAUCUUCCGUGUUUGCGUUUUGUGCGCAGCAGCCAAGGGUAUUUAAAUACGGGGAAAGUAAAAUCUGUUCAGCGGGGUGCCGGUUAAAUCUUUAUCAGUCUAUAAGAAGUGUAGCCAGGAUCCACUGACUAACGCUGUGUAGUCGGUCAGUUGAGACAAUGGUUGACGGAAGAUGCUGUGCGCUUCUGUUGUGAUAGCUUUCAUCUGUAUGUCUGCAGCCCAGGGACAGACCUCAGGUGUCCAUUUGGUUAAUACAACACCUAGUUAUUCGCUUUGAUUAUGACGAGGUCACGUCUGGCCAUGCGUCACCGGCUUUUGUAGCGUCUCAGGCUGAGAAGGUGACUGCUCUUGGUGCAGGAAUACACGUUAUAUACUGAUAACAUGAGAAGGAUCCUCUCCACAACCCAGUUUCAGGGUUAAGGACUUUUUCUUAAUGUAUACAGUAAAGAUCAGUACAAACAGAAGCCUCAGACCACAGUCCAGUUUUGUUGCGUAGUGUCAUUGCAUAUGCAGCUCUCUUUUCAUUAAAUCCAGCAGGCUACAUCUCUGACUUUGCUCAAGAGCUGUGAUGUCAUGGCAGCUGCCAGCUUGAGCAGACCCGCCGGUACCCAGACCACUGAAAAGUCUCAGUUGAUCUUGAAAGUGGUUUCAGCGAAGCCCCAGUCUCCCAAGCUGCCAAGCUGCCACUCCCGGCUGAGCUCCUUCGUUGAGGUGAUUGCCGACGGUCUGACCAGCGAAACCAAAAAAACAGGCAAACGCAGUGGACAUCUUGAGCUGCAGUGGAAUGAAGACCUCACCCUUAAUGUGACGCCCCAGAGUCAUCUUGAUCUGAAGCUGUGGAGCUGCCACACCUUGAGGAAGGAGCUACUGGGCAGUGCUACCAUAGACCUGCUGGACACACUGCGCACACACGAUGGCAAAAUGGAGAACGUCCAGCUGAGUCUGGUGCUGCAGACGGAGAACAAAGGCUUGGUUGUAGCGGGAGGCGAGCUCAACGUCUGUCUGGACGGCAUGGUUGUUGAUCUGGGCUCGCUGCCCAAUGGCAGCACGGCAGCAGACAAGAUACUUCAGUCAGACAGACCCAACUUGAGGAGAACACAGAGUGAGGAGACUCCCAGUACUGCUGGAUGUCAGAGCAGGAGUAACAGGCACUCAAUGGGGGGUUCACAGAGUGGCUCCCCUGGGUGCUCGAGAGGGGGCUCCCUGACUAAUGGGGACCUGACUGAGGAGCCAAUCCCUGGGCCAGGCUCGUCUAGUUACCGUCGGUCCUCCAAAAGUCAUGGAAGCCCAGGAAACAGCGGAGACAAAGUUGAGUUGACAUCAAAUGGGCUGGAGAACAGUCGUGCCAGCUUGGCCCGUAACACACCACCUUCAUCCUCUCCGUUGGGUCGAUCCCCAGCGGCCAGCAGCAGCAGUGGUAGCCCCUCUCCGGGUCAGGACGCCCUGGGUCCAGGAACCCCGGUGGAGCCCAGCCCCAACGCCACCUCCAGCACAGAGCAGGCCAGCAGCAGCUCCACAACAGAGUCCACCACAGACACACUCCCGGCAGGCUGGGAACAGAGGGUGUUGCCUCAUGGCAGAGUGUACUACGUUGACCACAACACCAAAACCACAACCUGGGAGAGACCACUGCCACCAGGCUGGGAGAAGCGAGUGGACCAGCAGGGAAGAUUCUACUACGUAGACCACAACACCAGAACCACCACAUGGCAGAGGCCCACGGCCGAGUCUGUGCGUAACUACCAGCAGUGGCAGAGCCAGCGCAGCCAGCUACAGGGUGCCAUGCACCAGUUCAGCCAGCGCUUCCUCUACCAGCCGUCUGGUGCUCUGGUGGAAAAUGACCCUCUGGGCCCGCUGCCUCCUGGAUGGGAAAAGCGUCAGGACAAUGGCAGAGUGUACUUCGUCAACCACAACACACGUACCACGCAGUGGGAUGAUCCGCGGACCCAAGGGAUGAUCAAGGAGCACCCCCUGCCUCCGGGCUGGGAGAUGAAGUACACCGCCGAGGGAGUCCGAUAUUUUGUGGACCACAACUCGCGCACCACCACCUUUAAAGAUCCCCGACCCGGGUUUGAGUCAGGAUCUCGGCAGGGCGGUUCACCCGGCGCCUAUGACCGCAGCUUCAGGUGGAAAUACCACCAGUUCCGUUUCCUGUGCCAUUCAAAUGCCUUGCCCAGCCAUGUGAAGAUCUCAGUGUCCAGACAGACACUGUUUGAGGACUCUUUUCAGCAGAUCAUGAAUGUGAAGCCAUACGACCUUCGCCGUAGACUCUACAUUAUUAUGAGAGGAGAGGAGGGGCUGGACUAUGGUGGCAUCGCCAGGGAGUGGUUCUUCCUGCUGUCCCAUGAGGUCCUGAACCCCAUGUACUGUCUGUUUGAAUACGCCGGCAAGAACAACUACUGUCUGCAGAUCAACCCGGCCUCCUCCAUCAACCCCGACCACCUCACAUACUUCCGCUUCAUCGGACGCUUCAUUGCCAUGGCUUUGUACCAUGGAAAGUUCAUUGACACCGGCUUCACAUUGCCAUUCUACAAGCGAAUGCUCGACAAGAAACCCACGCUCAAAGACCUGGAGUCCAUAGACCCUGAGUUCUAUAACUCCAUCAUGUGGGUCAAAGAGAACAACCUGGAGGAGUGUGGUGUGGAGCUGUAUUUUGCACAAGACAUGGAGAUCCUUGGGAAAGUUUCCACUCACCAGCUAAAGGAUGACGGAGAGAAUGAGCUGGUCACGGAGGAAAACAAGGAAGAGUACAUCAGCCUGCUGACAGACUGGAGGUUCACCCGCGGGGUGGAGGAGCAGACCAAAGCCUUCCUGGAUGGCUUCAACGAGGUGGUUCCCCUGGAGUGGCUUCGCUACUUUGAUGAGAAGGAGCUAGAGCUGAUGCUGUGUGGGAUGCAGGAGAUCGAUAUGGCCAACUGGCAGAAGAACACCAUCUACAGACAUUACACCAAGAACAGCAAGCAGAUCCACUGGUUCUGGCAGGUGGUGAAAGAGAUGGACAAUGAGAAGAGAAUCCGUCUGCUUCAGUUUGUGACAGGAACCUGUCGGUUGCCUGUCGGAGGCUUUGCUGAGCUCAUAGGAAGUAACGGUCCCCAGAAGUUCUGCAUAGACAAGGUGGGGAAGGAGACUUGGCUUCCAAGAAGCCACACAUGCUUCAAUCGUCUGGAUCUGCCACCCUACAGAAGCCUGGAGCAACUCCGAGAGAAACUCCUGUUCGCCAUAGAGGAGACGGAGGGAUUUGGACAGGAGUGAUGCAGGAAUGUGACACAAGAGGGCUGAAGGAGAACCCUUAAUUCAGUGGGAUAGUUUUUGUUAUUAUUAUUUUGCAUUUGUUAAUCACAGGGCUGAGAAAUCACCUGUUGUCUAUAGCCCCUCACCUGGGGGAAAAUCAUGUUUGUGAAUUGAACCAUGGGAUAAAGUUGGAGCUGAGAGAUGGAGACACAAGAACAUAGAUGUGUGUGUGUGUGUGUGUGUGUGUGUGUGUGUGUGUGUG